UACACUAGCACUGCAAGCUUUAAGACCGACCUUAAGGAGAUGUGGUUUGGACUUUACACCCGCACCAAAGGACCCUUGGAUUCUUCAGGCUUUGAGCACAUUUUUCAUGGUGAAAUCCAUAAUGGAGGGAUAUCUGGAUUCCACAGCUGGGUGCAGUUCUACCUGCAGGAAAAGGCUGGUCAGAUUAACUACCUGAGUUACAGUGCAAAGGGACCAUGGUCGGGAUAUCCUGAUGUAUACGGUUUUCAGUUCAAGUGGGGCACCUACCUGAAAACCCUGGGCUCAAUGUUUAUAGGAUCCAGUCCUGAGUUUGAGAUUGGUAUAUUAACCCUGUGUUAUGUAACCAGCCCUGAUAGUCUGUGCUCUGUCAAAAUUGGUGGUCAAACCCUCAGAAUCCAAACCUACACCUGGGCCAACUCAACCUAUGGAAGUGGCAAGAGAUACGUGGCAUCUGCUUACCCCACUGUUUAGAGGAGUAGCUGUUACC